GCUGGAAAUUUUGUUUUUUAAAAUUUUUUUUUUGGGGGUGGAUUUUCCAGGAUCCCGGAGCGGGCGAUGGAUCCGUGGGAGGAGGAGGAGGAGGAAGAGGAGGAGGAGGAGGAAGAGGAGGAGCCGGAGGUGAUUUUCGGGGAUGAGGGGGAGGAAGAUCCCUACGAUCCCAACGGGAUCCGGGGAACCCCAGACUCCAACCUUCCCCACCCGGACGACCCCGAAAUCGUGGAAUUAGAUCCCGGCAGCCUCUUCCCCAACCCCGACCCCUCGGAGCGGGAAACUUUACGUUGGACCGUGGUGCAACAAAUCGACCCCGGGACGUCGGGGAAAAGCGGGAAGAGGAGCCCGAAAUCCCCGAGUUUUUCCAACUUCAAGAGCAUCAUCGUCCUCCAGAAGAGCUACGAGUGCUCGGAGUGCGGGAAGAGCUUCAGCUGCAGCUCGCAUUUCUCCAAGCACCGCCGGACGCACACGGGGGAGAAACCGUUCCGCUGUUCCCACUGCGGGAAGAGCUUCAACGUCUCCUCCAACCUUUACCGGCAUCAACGCGGCCACGGUGGCGCCGAUCCGGCCGCGGAGAAACCCCGCGGUUUUCCUUAUCGGUGUCAGGAGUGCGGGAAGAGUUUCCGGCGGAAUAAAGAGUUGGCCACUCACCGGCGGCUCCACACCGGCGAUUUGCCUUUCCGAUGCGGCGAUUGCGGGAAAAGCUUCUCCUGGAGUUCCCACUGGCUCCGGCACCGGCGGAUUCACACCGGAGAGAAACCCUACGAGUGCCCGGAAUGCGGGAAGAGCUUUUCCAGGAGUUCCCACCUCUACCGGCACCAACGCGGCCACGCCGGCGGUCGCUCCUACAUCUGCACCUACUGCGGGAGGAGUUUCGGCAGCAUCCUGCAUUUCGAGCGGCACCAAGGGACUCACACCGGGGUGAGACCCUACAAAUGUUCCCUGUGCCGGAAAAGCUUCGGCGACGCUCCGGCUUUGGUGAAACACCAAGGGAUUCACCUCGGGGAAGGCCCUUUCCGCUGCGAGGAAUGCGGGAAAGGCUUCGGGGCGCGGUCCCAGUACGCCCGGCACCGGCGGAGCUCCCACGGCGGAACCGGCGAGGAGAAGCCGUAUCGGUGCGGGGAUUGCGGGAAGAGUUUUUCCUGGAGCUCCCACUGGGAGCGGCACCAGCGGAUUCACACCGGGGAGAAACCCUACGAGUGCCCGGAAUGCGGGAAGAGCUUCGGGAGGACUUCCCACCUCUACCGGCACCAGCGGACGCACGCCGGGGGUCGGCCCCACGUCUGCGGGGAGUGCGGGAAGAGUUUUAAUUCCACCCUCCACUUCCAGAAGCACCUGAGGGCGCACGGAGCCGGAUCCCGGAAAAGCUGCGGAGACUGCGGGAAAUCCUUCUCGGAUCCGUCGGCGUUGGCCAAGCACCGGAGGACGCACGAGGAAGGGAGAAAAGUCGGGAAGCGCGCGGGGGAAUCCCAAAAAAUGCGGAAGUGCGCGGAGGAAGAGCAAGAAAUCGGGGAGUGUGCGGCGGAGGAAGCCCAAAAAAGCGGGAAAUGCCUGCGAGAAUCCCAAAAAUUUGGGAAGUGUGCGGCGGAGGAAAGCCAAAAAAGUGGGAAUUGUGCAGAGGAAUCACAAAAAGUUGGGAAAUUUGCAGAGGAAUCCCAAAAAAGCGGGAAAUGCCUGCGAGAAUCCAAAAAAAUUGGGAAAUGUGUGGCGGAGGAAACCCAAAAAAUCGGGAAUUGUGCAGAGGAAUCACAAAAAGUUGGGAAGCGUGCGGAAGAAUCCCAAAAAAUCGGGAAAUGUGUGGUGGAGGAAUCCCAAAAAAGUGGGAAUUGUGCAGAGGAAUCCCAAAAAGUUGGGAAAUUUGCAGAGGAAUCCCAAAAAAUUGGGAAAUAUGCAGAGGAAUCCCAAAAAAUUGGGAAAUAUGCAGAGGAAUCCCAAAAAAUUGGGAAGUGUGUGGAGGAAUCCCAAAAAAUCGGGAAAUGCGUGGAAGAAUCCCAAAAACCUGGGAAAUUCACGGAGGAAUCCCAAAAACCUGGGAAAUUCACGGAGGAAUCCCAAAAAAUCGGGAAAUGCGCGGAAGAAUCCCAGAAAAUCGGGAAUUGCGCCGUCGAUCCGGCAGCGUCCGUCAAAACCCGACGGAUCCAGGAGGAACCAUCCCAAAAAACGGGGAAAUCCUCGGCCGAAUCCCAAAAAAUCUGCGGCCAGUGCGGGAAAUCCUUCCCGGAUCCGUCGGCCUUGGCCAAGCACCGGCGGAUCCACGAUCCCGGCCGGAAUUCCGGGAUGGGAUCCCAGAUCCGGCGGCAGCUGCGGAGUCGCGGAAACGAGGAGGAAAUGCCGGAGGGGUGAAAGGAAAAAUCUGGGAAUUUUUAUUUUUUCCCAGCGUUCCCGGAAUUCCCGGACGUAGUUUUGGUUUUUUUUGGGGGGUAGGGUAGAGUAGGAAAGUAGGGUAGAUACGGAAUUAAAAAAAAAAAAACCCGGAAUUUCCGGUUUUUCCGGGAAAAAUCGAGUUUUCCCGGGGGGGAAAUAAAAAAUCCUCGGGAUGGAGUUGGGGAAAAUCCGGGAAUUUUGGGUGGUUUGGAUGAUCCUGGGUUUUCCGUCGUGGGAUUUUUUGGUUGUUGUUGUUGUUUUUGGCCCCGAUCCAGAGGUUGUUUUUUUUUUUGGAGGUUGGAAAAGCCGGAAUUCCGGGCGGUUCUGUAAUUUAUUGUAUUUAUUCAGCCGGGAAAAAUUCCCAAAACGGGGAAUUCGGGAAAGAAAGGAGGAUUUGAUCCCAAAAAUCCUCUGGGAUGGAUUUUUUUUUUUUUUUUAUUGUUUUUAUUUUUCCCGGAUGGAAAAGGAUGGGGUGGGAAUCAGGCGGGAAUUCUGGGGCUUUUCCCGGUGUUUUUUGGGGUUUUUUUGGGAUUUUUUGGAAUUCUCUUCUUCGUUUGUAAUGUGAAUAAAAAAUAGAUUUAGUGAGGAA